GACAGCAGCAGCCCUCUGUCUCUGGGGAGAACCCUCUGGGCGGCUUCCAGCAGGAGCUUGGGUUGCAGCAAAGAGGCAGCGUUUGAGGCGGAGGGCUGUUUGCAAGGAAAGAAGCGUGAGUCCCUUCAAGCCAGGAAGCUGGGCCUUCAGCCAGGAGAGCUGCCUGAGCAGAACAUGGCUGAGGCAAACUGUGAUCCGUCUGUCUCUGCCCAAGAGGUUGCUGGGCGCCUGGCGUGGCCUAGGGGCCAUCAUCGCUGCAGCCAGCCACCCCAAGGCCCCCCUUGCUAAAGGCUGAAGAGAGAGAGGAGAGCGUAGCAAGGGCAGAUUCACUUGCUGCCUCGCAGGAGAAUGCUCACGAAUGCACGCUGGCCUCCGCCCCCUCCUGGAAAGCUGCCAAGUUAGCUGCCCCUCUGCCGUUCUCAAGGAUCCCAGCUGCCGUCUACCGAUAACCAGUCAUGAAGCCCAGACAGUCUCCCCACCUCUUGGUCUGCUUCCUCAUGUCUACCGCGGUCGCUCUGGCCACAGAGCUGAUGCCAAGGCUAACCUUCCGGAAGGGAGACUCCAGCCGAAUAGUUUUCUCAUUCCAACGAAAGGGGGUUCAGAAUUACGACACUUUUCUCCUGAGCAAAGACGGGGCAACUCUCUAUGUGGGAGCCAGAGAUACCAUCAUUGCCCUUGACCUUGGCAGUGCUGACUCCAUCAGGCUGAAGGGUGAGAUCCCGUGGAGCCCCACGCCCGUGAAAAAGGACGAGUGUGUCUUUAAGAAGAAAAGCAAUGAGACGGAAUGUUUCAAUUUUAUCCGUGUCCUGGUGCAGCUGAACGAGACGCACCUUUACACCUGCGGGACAUACGCUUUCAGCCCUACCUGCACUUACAUAGAUCUGGAGAAUUUCACCCUGGUGACUGAUGCAAAUGGAGAGCCGCUUCUCCUGGAAGGGAAGGGUCUCUGCCCCUUUGACCCUCAACACCAGAACACAGCAAUCGUUGUUGAUGGCGAACUUUACACGGGUACCCGGAACAACUUUCAAGGGAACGAGGCCAUCAUCACUCGUACCCUGGGCAGAAGGACAGUUUUGAAGACUGAUACCUGGCUGCAUGGUGAUGCAACUUUUGUGGCCUCCUUCAACAUCCCAACCCCCUCAGAUGAUGACAAAGUCUAUUUUUUCUUUGGGGAAACGGCCAAGGAAUUUGAUUUCUUUGAGAAACUGAUCGUCUCCAGGGUGGCUCGUGUCUGCAAGAAUGAUGUUGGCGGAGACAAGGUGCUGCAGAAGAAGUGGACCACAUUUCUGAAAGCUCAGCUCUCCUGCACCCAGCCAGGGCAGUUCCCUUACACCGUCAUCCAGCAUGUUUUUGCCCUCCCUCAGCCGGGAGGAGGCGCUGUUUUCUACGGUGUUUUUGCUUCUCAGUGGCAGUCAGGAAACCUCGGGAGCACAGCAGUCUGCGCCUUCAGCCUUGAUGGUAUCAAAAAAGCCUUUGAUGGGAAAUACAAAGAGUUAAACAAGGACUGUUCCCGAUGGAUGACAUAUAACGGGCCGGUCAUGGACCCCCGCCCUGGCAGGUGUUCUGUUGGCCCAUCUUCAGAUAAAGCGCUCACGUUCAUGAAAGACCACUACCUGAUGGAUGAGAAGAUUGAGCCGGCCCAUCACCAACCUCUGCUAGUGAAGCACAGCGUGAAAUACACCCGGAUUACAGUGCACCAAACUCGGAAUGCCUUUGGAGUGCCCUACAACGUGCUGUUUCUUGGGACAGACAAAGGUGCCCUUCACAAAGCGGUGGCUGUUGGCAAGGAGGCUCACAUCAUUGAGGAGAUCCAGCUGUUUGAGAAGCCUGAGGUGGUCCAAAACCUGCUGCUCUCCCCUGAAAAGGGUAUCCUGUAUGUGGGGUAUUCCACAGGAGUCCUGCAAGUCCCGUUGGCCAACUGCAGCAUCUACACAACCUGUGCUAACUGCGUCUUGGCGCGAGAUCCUUACUGCGCCUGGGAUGGACGGGAGUGCAGAGACAUCCGGGGUGCCACAGAGAAUGUGAGUGACUUGGUGCAGAAUAUUGAGACAGGGAAACCGGAUCCUGUGUGCCAACGCAACCAUGGAAAGGGCAGAGCCUUGCCAAGGUCUAGGAACGACUCUGAUGGCAGUUUGCUAAAAAUUCUGGCUGCUCCGUUGAAUACCAUGGUGAGGCUGCCUUGCCUUCGGGCCUCUGCCCUGGCCAACUACUCGUGGAACUAUCCAGAAAGGAAGAUGGCGGAUGGCCUGGUCAUGGAGGAUGACCAGGCCUUGGUCGUCAUUGUGCAGAAGGACACGCUGGGGAUUUAUGAGUGCAGGGCCAAUGAGAACGGUUACUGGCAGACUGUGGCACGCUACCACGUGCGCCUCGUGGAUGGAUUUCGCGUGGAUAGGGAGGGUCUGACGGCACCAAUGGGGGAGCAUCGUUCCUACUGGGGCCAGUUUGUCACUGUGACGGUUCUGUUGUCAAUGACCUUGGCUGUCGUGGCGGCCGUGGCUUUUUUCACCUAUCAUGACAAGCUGAAGGCGAAGAGCAAAGUGCAGGGUUGCAGCAGCUUCCCUGAAGCCAGCAAAACAUCUGGGCCAGAGAAAGUUCCUCUCAACGGCAGCCAGAGCCCUCCACCAAGCAGCGAGUACCAGGUGCCGGGCCCUUGCCAGGAGGGUGCCAACAGCUCCAAAGCCUGUUGUGUUCAGGUGGGGGGGCCUUGUCAGGACAUUGAUGCAGACAACAACCGCUUGGACCCCGGCCUGGCAAACGGGGAUGACUCCAGAGGAGCCCUAGCGGUGGAGGGGAUCUAGCCUGAUCCAGCUUGUCCCCCAUCAGCUGUUGCCGGGAGCAACCGUUUGAGAUCACACCAGUUCACCCAGACAACCUGACAAAAAUGAAAGCCCUCGCACUACUGUGGUGCUCUUCCGAAACACCGCCAGAAAACACAGAGUUGCCUCUGAUUUCAGUUUUUCCCCAUUUCUUUUCUGGUCUUGUCUGUAUGAUGUGAUGUAAAACCCAGGACCUUGGACCAUGCAGUGGCAGAACCCUCCCGCCACUCACCUUUGGUUCCCUGUCCCCACUUCCAUAGAUAGGGUAGUGGGGAAAUGCCUCCAUGCGUUCACAGCCAUGUGAAAUGUUUACUGAAAUUCAAGGCAAAUGGAUUCUGCCCUACUGCCAGUUUGGAGACGCUCAGGAGUGAAGACAGGAGUGGGGUGGUGGGUCAGGCCUUGCUCAGUGUUCUUCACAUUGAGAUGCAGCUGCUGGGUGACACCCGAGUCUCCCAGAUGAGGCUACUGAGGAAUGGAUCUGGGAUGAAAGGGAGGCAGGCGUUGAGGCCACCGCAAGGCCAGGCAGAUGUCCCGGGGAGAAGGAGGGCAGCUCAGCAAUAGGAUGUGCUGCCCACAGAGGCACGUCCACUCUGGGGCAGCUCUACCAUGAGACAAAGUGAGGUGGCAGACAUGGGAUGCUUUCAGGGGUGACAGAACAGGAUAGCGACAGGCCCGGCCCACAGAGAAUGGUCUCUUCUGGGCAAGGCUCCCUGGAGUUAAUGGCCCCCCAUGCAUUUUCACAGUCCAGGCUGUUCUCAUUUUGCCGUUGUGACCGAGCUGGCCUUGGGCCCUUCUGUUAGGUGCUUGAGAUAUUUGGGGGUCAGAUGCAGGGGGGGCGAGAUGAAGCAAGUGGUACCGGCUCAUACUCUGCCUAAAGAAAAUGGAAUUAGCUGGGAGGCGUUGGGAAGGACUUCCUGUGUCCAGUGCUUAGGAGCAGAGGAUGCUGCCUUGUACUGAGUCAGACCGUCUAACUCGGGACUGUUAACCCUGACGGGCAGCAGCUCUCCAGGGUAUCCAACGGGACAUCCUCAAGAUGUCAGGGAGCAAACCUGGGACCUCUGCAUGCCACAUACGAAUGCGCCACCACUGAGCCUGAGCCUUCCUCAAAGGCACAGGAACAAUGAAAGCUGCCUUAGGAUGAGAUUUCCCAGUGGCUUGACUAGCUCACUAUUGCCCACACUGGCUGGCAGAGUCUGAGGCCUUCUGCAUGCACAGUAAAUGGCUUACCACUGAGCUGUGGCCCUGUGGCUUAUCUAAGGGAUUCUUCCUUGCCCUUUACAAACCGGCUCGAGGGCCAUUUCCCCAGCCUGUAGCAAGACUGCAUGUUCUGCUUAUUAUUGAAAUUCUGUGCCAAAACUGAAAGCAAAUCCUGCUUCGUUGCCAUCAUUUCGAUUUAUUUUUUACGGUGCUGACAUCUUUCCUAUGUUAUGGUGGUUUUCUGGGUUGGAUGGGGAGGGUGUCUCCAUCCCCCCCAAACUUAUUCUGACCCCCCUGCUGAGCUUCCACAUUUUCCACAGGACUUGCCCACGUAACCUUCAAGCAGGAUCUUCACGACCAUAAUGGUUUCCUCCCCCACUUUCUAAAUCAAAAGCUGAUUUUUUAAAAAAGAUGUCUGUUUUCUUCCAGAGCCAGAGUACAAAACACCUAAUAAUAAACACACGUAGGCCAUUUUAAAUGGCUUGGGUACACCAGGGGACGCCAACGUGGCCCUGCAGCUGUUGCUUGACUCCCAACUCCAUCAGCCCCAGCCAACAUGACCAACAUCAGGGAUGAUGGAAACUGGUGCCCAACAACAUUUGAAGGGCACCACGUUGGCUAUCCCUGCCCUGGGCAAUUUCCACCAUCUUCUUUGCUGCGCUGCAAUUCCAACACAGCGUGAACGGCUGCAGAGGGGGAUCACUCCACAGGGUAACAUCUCCCCUGUGGAGCGGUUUCAUUGUGUCAGCCAGUUUGUUCCAAUGUGGGCGUCUUUCCAUGUGUGUGGUAGGGAGGUCAGCAUCAUUCCUCUUGUACAAGCGGGCAGCAGACGUGGCUUGCUAAAUGGAGUGUCUAUCCGCUCAGCACAGCCCCCUUAGGAAGGGGGUUCUCGGAAUGGGGUAACCCAUUUUUUUUUGCUAUGCAGGACCCUCCUUCUCACCCUGCUUAGACACUUUUUUUAAUGGUUGACUUGACAGGGAUGCCAAAGCCCACCCCUCCCUCUUUUUAUCCCCCUUCAAAUUCCUUGAGAAGCUGUGGCUAUUGAAAUUGGACCCAUUGCCAACUUCAGCAUAAAGUUUCCUGUGCCUCAAUCCUUUCUGUUUCAAUGUGUGCGUUGCGAUGCUGGCCUCUACUGGACAAAACUGCAAUCACAGCAACCUUCAAAACUUAGUUUUAGCUGUGUGACCAUCCUCUCUUGAUCCAUUUUCUCCGCUUAUCAAGGCGAGACCUUGAUUGUUGUGGGGUGGGGAGAUGUUUUGUCUGAGGUCUAGGCCUCCUGUCUAGGCAAUUGUUGUGAGCAUGCAAAACUACUUGGAGUAUUUCUGUUUCUUUUAAAAUUACAUUUUCUAAAUUGCUGUAAAAGAAGCAUUAUUUAAAUCAGAGACUUCCAAGGUCCAGAAACUGUGCUAGCACACCAGGGCUCUGGACUCAGGAUGCGGACAUGGCCUGUAGAGUGACUCAGCUGUCACGACUGAAGGCUGUUUCACGUGUUAUACAAUAGCAAACUUGGUUUUGCAACUGACUGUACACUUUACAGGGAGGAAAUGUUCACUUUGUGAUUAAUAUUUUAGAGUUAAAAAAGGGUCUUUGCCAUGUCUUUGUUUUCCCAUGUUGUCUUUGGCCUGUACUUAAGAAAAUGUGAUGUGUGAAGAAGACCUGAGUUUGAAAAACCCAUUGCUUGUUGCAAGCACGUCGUGGCAAUUGUCAUACCCCCGUCCUCUUUUUCUGUGUAUGUGUGUGACUUUGUAUGCAAUAGAGUGAUGUUCUUAACUGUCGUGCGGUAUUGGCACUUCUCCCAAAAGAAGGGGUGGGUGGGAAAUCCUAGCCGGUACACCUUUUCGCAAGCUUGUUAAUUUAACUGUAUGUCAACUUAACACUGACCAUGAUGGCGGGAAAGGAACAAGAAUCUUUAAAAACACAUUUUUAAAAAAACCAACCAGGUACUGACCUAAACAUUGGACUAGGUUUGUGGCUGUAUGUUGGAGGGAAGUGGAAUAUAGGAGAAGGAAGGAAGACUUCUACUGUUUAGUCUCCUCUGCCCCCCAAAGCCACCCUUCUGCAGAACAACAAGCACAGGCAUUUGCAUGUUUGCAGGGAGAGCCACCCCUCCCCCCAUGAUAACUAUACAUUUUAAACAUGACAGAUUGAAAGAACUGCCUGUCACCAAUAUGGAGACUUAAAAACAGUGGGUGGGUGGCAUUUUCUUCCUAUGCUCUUUCAGUCAGUGCCUCCUCCCCCUUGGCUAUAGCAAAGCUUGCUGUACCAAUUAUGGCCCUUCCGGUUGUGGUCAAGUCGAAGUGACUGAUGGCACGUUGCAGGCUGGAGCAGGGACGGGACAAAAUCAGUUCAGGUCUCGUUAAAACCAAAUCUAUCAAAUUUGCGCUCUCGGAAACAAUAUGAGAGCCAAACCAUGGUCAUCCUUCAAAAUUCACAAUUGUCCAAAUUUUGUCCAAACAAUAUUUACAAAAAUGCAUGCAUUAGGGGAAAAUGUACAUGUGUACGUUAGACCAAAGUAAACUACGUACAAAUGUGUUUCUUAGGAUAAACUCACACUAAAAUACUGAAGAAUUUUCAUGAUUUUUUUUAAAAAAUCACAAAUUGAUGUAGAGAUGUGGAGAACUGAAUUUAAGAUUGGAAAACCUAAGAAUCCAAUAGAACCAAAAUUGGCAGAUCCUUGACACAGCCUUGAGAGAGAUUCUAUGCAACUGAGUUGAAAAUAGGUUUGACUGGGGUGCUUCUUCCUAUAGUGUGCACCAGCCUAGUGCUUCCAGUUGUUUUGGACACUUAAUUCCCAUCAGACUCAACGAGAACGGCCAGCCUGGCAAAAGCUGGUGGGAGUUGGGAGUCCAAAAUAACCAUGCUGGCUGCAGAUCAGUGGAGUUCAAAACAUCUGCCCUGGUUAGGCCUCAUCUUGAGUACUGCGUCCAGUUCUGGACACCGCACUUUAAGAAGGAUGCAGACAAACUGGAACAGGUUCAGAGGAGGGCAAUGAGGAUGAUCAGGGGACUGGAAACAAAGCCCUAUGUGGAGAGACUGAAAGAACUGGGCAUCUUUAGCCUUGAGAAGAGAAGACUGAGGGGAGAUAUGAUUGCACUCUUCAAGUACUUGAAAGGUUGUCACACAAAGAAGGGCCAGGAUCUCUCCUUGAUGGUCCCAAAGUGCAGGACUCUGAAUAAUGGGCUCAAGUUGCAGGAAGCCAGAUUUCAACUGAACAUCAGGAAAAGCUUCCUAACUGUUAGAGUGGUACGACAAUGGAACCAGGUACCUAGGGAGGUGGUGGGCUCUUCAGCACUAGAGGCCUUCAAGAGGCAGCUGGACAGCCACAUGUGAGGGAUGCUUUAAAUUGGAUUCCUGCAUUGAGCCAGGUGUUGAACUCUUAUAGGCCCCUUCCAACUCUACAAUUCUAUGAUUCUGUGAUGUGGAGGGCAUCAGGUUAUCAAAGGCUGGUCUACACGGGUACACAUGUCUUUUGUUCUAUGCUUCUGGUCAAGCAGGUUUUUGAAACAACAAAAAAAACACAGUAUAUUUGGCCAGAGACAGAAGUGUGUGGGUGGGGAGAUCAUGUGCGCCAUGAGCAAUGACCCACCCCCUUCAAGCAGCUUCAAAAAAAAUUAAACUAUGUCUCUUCAGCCUCUCGUCACUACCUUAUUGGAGGAAAAUGCAUGUACAAUGGUGUGUUUUGGCCGUUUGUUGCUCAUUGUGUGGUUUAUAACUGAUUUUUUUAAAAGAAGUGCCCUAUUUUUAUUAAAAAUUGUGAUGUA